CAUCACACAGCGCCCAUGCCCAGCAGCCGGGUACCUGUCAAGUGUUAUAGUGUGAAAGGUUGGAUUUUGUCAACAUUACACGUGAACGUUAUCGAUCUUAUUUCUUCUUUCUGGCAGAGGAAACUUGGCCAAAAUGCCGCUUGAAUUUGAGCUUGCCCCUGGACGAAUGAUAGGCGGGGAUCACCCGUGCUUCAUCAUUGCCGAAAUUGGACAGAAUCACCAGGGAGACAUCAAGAUAGCCAAGCAAAUGAUCAAAAUCGCAAAGGAGGCUGGAGCUGAUUGUGCCAAAUUCCAGAAGUCCGAACUCCAGUACAAGUUCAACAAAGCUGCCUUAGCACGCCCUUACAACUCCAAAAACUCCUUCGGUAGAACCUACGGGGAGCAUAAACGUUUCUUGGAAUUCAGCCACGCGCAGUACAAGGAAUUGAAGGAGUAUGCUGCAGAAGUUGGGAUCUACUUCACCGCAUCUGGAAUGGAUGAGGCUGCGAUGGAAUUCCUGCAUCAACUGGACGUGCCAUUUUUCAAGGUUGGUUCAGGAGAUACCAACAACCUUCCAUUCCUGACCCGAUCUGCCAAGAAAGGACGACCCAUGGUCGUCUCCUCAGGAAUGCAAUCAAUGGACACCAUGAGAACGGUGUAUAAGACAUUGAAAGCAGAGGACGUCAAUUUCUGUAUUCUGCAAUGUACCAGCGCGUACCCCUUGGAACCGGAAGAUGUGCAUCUGAGAAUCAUUCAGGAAUAUCAGAAGGAGUUUCCAGACAUUCCUAUUGGCUACUCAGGUCAUGAGAGUGGGAAAACCAUCACACUAGGAGCCAUUGCCAUGGGUGCAAAGGUCGUAGAAAGACACAUCACCAUGGAUAAGACAUGGAAAGGCAGCGAUCAUGAAGCCUCGUUGGAACCACAGGAAUUGAAGGAGCUGGUCGCAGAAAUCAGAUUUCUUGAAAGAGCCCUAGGGUCAAGGGUCAAAGAGAUGCGAGCCUGUGAACUAGCUUGUCAUAACAAGCUCGGUAAGAGUGUUGUAGCUGCUAAACCGAUCACAUCAGACACUGUUCUGACCGAGGAGAUGUUGACUGUCAAAGUUGCUGAACCUAAGGGGUAUCCCCCAGAGAAGAUCUACAGUCUGAUUGGACGGAAAAUCAAACGAGAUCUUGAAUAUGACGAUACGAUCCGCGAAGAAGACGUCACUAGCGAAGAGUCAUAGAAGUCAUCACCAUGAUAAUAGAGAGGCUUCACAUCUGAACAGAUACCUGUAUGUAUAUGUUUAGCUAUCCAUAACCGUUAUCGACCAUUCAGUUGUUUCAAAUCCUGUAGGCCUACACACAUGCCCAAUUAUUUAUCAGAACCAAAACCAGCAGUUAUCCAAAAUGGCAGCCUCCUAUGAAAGUCUGGUAUUUUCGGCAAAUCCUACUUUCAAACACAAACAUGGCACAUAUGUUCAGCAAUUUAUCCUCUCUUAACCAAAUAACUUAUCGGAACAGAGGUUGAAAGUGGGCAGUUUACUGUGCGCUUCACACCGAAACGUAGCGCACGAUAUACCCACGCCAUGUACACAUGUAGGGGAUAGCGACUUUCGUAUGACGUUAAAAGUCCACGCAUAGUGAUGAGCUAUCCGGCACGCGAACCGUAUCAGUUCACUUGCGAAACCUCUCUAAUUUCGGAAAAGUUGUGCAGAAAUUUCACCCAGUGAGCUGAUUGUGUCUUGGUAAGCGAUAUCUGGGUGCUCUGUGGCAUGAACAGUCCUGCCUAGCCAAGUAGUGACUGAUGCAGUUUUCUGUAAGAUUUUCCUGAGUUUUACAGAGAUUCUAUCAGACAGAAUGAACUCUUACAGGGACAUUUUCCCCACCACUUUACCAGGCUAAUUGUCAAGAUGACAAGUCAUUUAAAGAUUGGAGUUUUGACAUAAUAAUUUUUGGAUCAGAAAAAGCUGGUUCAUACUUCCAGCAAAUGCAACUUCAAGUAAAUUUCUUGUUGUUCCCAAAAAAUGGAUUUCAACUCCCAUGAUUGAGGCUGCAACUGUGCGAUUACAUAAACAUGUUUCAUUUGUGGGAAGUAUGCACAUGCUUGUAAGCAUUCCAUUAUCUCUAGAAUGAUGUAUGAAAUAUAAACUGCUGUGUGAGUUCUGUUCUCACUAUCAGCAAUGAAAUUGAUUUCAAUUGUCUUUCUAGUUUUCUCCUUACUACCUCUGUCAUGUAUAUGUAGCUGUACGCAGCUUGGGUAGUAACUAUUAACCCCAAUUCUUAAGGCAUUUUUUUCCUUUGUGAAUCCCACAUAAUCGACACUCUUCAGAAAGCCGGUACCUUUUUUUUUUAACAGUUGAACAAAGAAAUUGACUGGAGUGGGGCUUAAACCUGCGACCUCCGUAUUGCCGU